AUGACGCUGGUGCACGGGGAACGCAAGGACAAAGCGCCGUUGCAUUGGGAUUCCUGUGACAGGAGUUCGCCAUCUUCAUCAUCGUCUUCUUUGGCUAGCGCUGAUCGGGGACGCCAUUUCCAUCGACGGCAGGAGCUGCCGAGAACGUCGCCGCUGCGUGGGGACGUGCACAGCGACCACAGCCCGCGGAGUCCGCUGGUUUUCUCGCCGUCCGUGCCGGCGGUGUCGGUGUCGUUAUUGCUGAUGCAGAGUCCGACCUUGUUCCAUCCAACUCCUCCGCCUUCGCCGCCGACCAAACUUUGUUCCCGUGUUCCUGGUCGUUUCCUCUCUCCUGAAACAAUGGCAGCAGAUGAAACCAUCAUGGCCAUGGAUGAGGAAACAUUACCAAUGAUGACCAAAACUAUGAUGGCGCAACCAGAAGCAGCUAGCACGCCAAGACAGUCAAGGUUGCCAGAAGGAAUACGUGACCCUCUAGAGGCCACCAAGGAAAUGAUCACCAAAAGACAGAAAAAGAAAGAACCCCAGCCUGUGGUGAAGUUAAAACGCUUACAG